CUGCCGCAUUGUAAUAUCCACGCAGCGAUCUCAGCCGAUGUGCUGCAUCAUCUCUACCAGGGCAUGCUUAUGCACCUGAUAGAUUGGCUGACAUCCCUCAUUGGUGCGGCGGAACUCAAUGCUCGCCUUAAACGCUUGCCAGCAAUGCAUGGCAUUCGACAUUUCGCAAAUGGCAUUAGUGGUUUAACGCAGGUCUCCGGUCCCGAACAAAAGCAAAUGGUCAGACAACUUCUUGGUUGCGUUGUUGGAACGAUUAGCCCCCACGCACUGCGCGCAACCCGUUCUUUAUUCGACUUCAUCUUCAUUGCACAGUAUAUUAGCCAUUCAGAUGAUACCCUUCAAUACCUCGACAACGCACUUGCAGAGUUUCACAUGAACAAACAAGUGUUUAUCGAUGAAAUGCCUCACUUCAAUAUCCCAAAGUUACACAUGCUGUUUUAUUAUGUCCCAGGGAUCUGUGCCGUCGGUACAACAGACAACACGAACACUGAGGUCCCAGAACGGCUUCAUAUCGAUAACGCAAAACGUGCAUACGAUGCUACAAAUAAGAAGCAUGACUAUGUCAAACAGAUGACUCGGUGGCUCAAACGUUACGAGAAGGUGGUGCUUCUCGACGUACAUAUCCGGUGGUACGCAAACGAACUUCCGCCGCCGCCACGAAUUCGCUCUCGACAAACGACUGUCCUCCCACCUGGUCCCAAGCUAUCAAAGUUUCCGCAUGUGAAGUCCAUUGCGUUCGGUCGCCUAGCAGCCGAUUACCAUGCCCCGCAGUUUCUCCAUGCUCUUCAGAUGCUUAUCGCCAUCUCACGUUGUUCGACCGAGCAUCAGCGUAUAUCUGCUCGUCGCCGGAACCACGACCAUCUUCCCAUACCCUUCAAUUGGGUUGAGAUAUGGCACCAUGCUACGUUUGUUGUGCCUAAUGUCCAAGUUGACGGAGCACCGUGCUUGGUGUUGUCUCCCGUUGCCAACCCCUCCGGUGGGAGAGACAGAUCGGGUCGCUUCGACACCGUCCUUGUUGAUGUUGCCGGUGCCGACGACACGGGCAUUGAAGGCCUUGGUAUAGCAUGUGUCCGUGCUUUCUUCAGGAUCCCCGAGCAGUUCACGGCGGUAAUGUUUACUAACCAUGGGGUGUCGCCGCCGGGACACCUGGCAUUUGUGGAGUGGUAUACGCCACCGUCGUCCAAGGGUCGCGACCAUCAGAUGUAUACAGUUACGCAGAAGCGAGGGCGGCCGAAGGUGGAGAUCAUUGAGGUCUCUAAGAUCCAGAGGAACUGCCAGCUGUUCCCGAUAUUUGGGAACAAAGCUGACAGGUCAUGGUCAUCCACGAAUGUCCUUGACCGCUGUGAGAGGUUUCUAGUAAAUAAUUUUCAAGAUCAGCAUGCUUAUCAGACACUGUGGUAG